CAUACGUAUGACACAAACACUCCCAGGCAACGACAUCCACUUCCGAGAGUCAGCCGGCAUGACAAGACCUUGGCAAUCUGCUCGCUUGAUUCAAGCCUUUGACGACGCCGGCUAAUCAUCAACCCCUCCCCAACUACCUCGCAUCGCACAGCCAUGGCAGCGUUCGCCUCUGGCACCAGCUGGUCCUUCCCCGAAGACCUGCCCGGCGGCUGGGUGAAGGUAGAAGAGGAAGAUGACACACCAGACCAGACGCAAGAGUCCGAGAGCAAUCAGCGGCAACAAGAGCAUACCACCCCCGACCCUCCACACCCCGAACCCCGCCAACGCACCCACUACCCGCCCCGCCAGUGCCGCAUCUGCCUCGACGUCGUCCACCCCACCUUCUACACCCCCGAACCCCUCAGCACCUCCCUCCCCGCCUCCCUCCACCCCAAACCCCAAGUAUCCUACACCUCACCCCCCGGCGACGGCGGCCGCCUCCUCCGCCCCUGCAAAUGCAAAGGCAGCCAGAAAUACGUGCACGAAGACUGCCUAUCCGCCUGGCGCAUGCAGGAUCCCUUGCAGAAGCGGAAUUACUGGCAAUGUCCGACGUGCCAAUACAAAUACCAACUGCAGCGCUUGACGUGGGGCAGUUGGAUCAGUAGCACCACCGCACAGAUCGGGCUUACGGUCGUCAUCUUCGUCACAGCCAUGUUCGCGCUCGGCUUCGUGGCGGAUCCCAUCAUCAACCUCUACCUUGACCCGGUGGAAACGAUUGCAACCGCUGGCGGGCCGACAGGAAGUCUAUUCUUCGAAGACGAGCCCGCUACCUGGACGGAGCACUUCAUCAAAGGCCUCGCAUCGCUGGGCCUACUCGGCUUCGCUAAAUUCCUGCUUACCCUGAGUCCCUGGCAUUGGUUCAACAUGCGCGGCACAGGAGUGUACGUGGGCGGCGGAGGCAGAGCAGGCACAACGGGACGCGACAGGUUGAGUCAGCUGAGCUGGUUCACCAUCGUAGUAGGCAUUGUCACCUUCCUGUACGCCGUCUGGAAAGGCGUGCGCGCUUGGAGUAGACGCACAUUGGAGAAAGCCGGCGAGCGAGUGAUGGAUGUUCCUGGAAACGACGACGACGAUGACGAUGCGGAAGAGUAGAGACUCUUACACGAUACAUGAAAUCUUUGCUGAUACGCCAGAUAUACCAUCCAUCU